UCUAGUGUGGAAGAAACAAGCCAGCAAAUACAAACCACUCAGAUUUCAUCUACCACUGAACCAGAAUCUACAUCGAGAGGACAGUCUACUUUUACAACAGCUAUAACACCUAUGAGUCUGACCUCAUUACAGUCGUCUACCAUUGAAGGUGGUUCAACACAACAAGCUACAUUGUCCACAACAGGAACGGCUUCAUCUCCUGCACAACAAUCGACUACGACUGAAGGACAAAGUUCUUCAGAAUUCACUUCAUUUAUAACUGGACAAUUUUCAUCUAGUGUGGAACAAACAAGCCAGCAAAUACAAACCACUCAGAUUUCAUCUACCACUGAACCAGAAUCUACAUCGAGAGGACAGUCUACUUUUACAACAGCUGUAACACCUAUGACUAUGAUCUCAUUACAAUCAUCUACCAUUGAAAGUGGUUCAACACCAGAAGCUACAUUGUUCACAAAAAGUAUGACUUCAUCUCCUGAACCACCAUUGUCUACGACUGAAGGGCAAAGGACCUCAGAAUUCACUUCAUCUGCAAUACGGAUGUCUUCAUCUAAUGUUGAACAAACAAGCCAGCAAUCACAAACCACUCAAAUUCCGUCUACUACAGAAUUACAGGCUACAGAGACAGCACAAUUAACUCAUCCAACAGCCGUGACACCUAUGAGCCUGACCUCAUUACAGUCAUCUACCGUUGAAGGUAGUUCAAAAGAAGAACCUACAUUGUUCACUACAGGUAUGCCAUCGUCUCCUGCACAACCAUCAACUACAACUGAAGGACAAAGUAAGUCAGAAUUCACAUCAUCUAUAACUGGAAACUUUACAUCUACUGUGGAACAAACAAGCCAGCAAACACAAACCACUCAAAAAUCAUCUACCACAGAAUCAAAAUCUAAAACAACAGCUGAAUCCACUUUUACAACAGAUCUAACACCUAUGAGUAUGAUCUCAUUACAAUCAUCUACCAUUGAAGGUGUUUCAACACAAGAAGGUACAUUGUCCACAACAGGUAUACCUUCGUCUCCUGCACAAUCAUCGACUGCAACUGAAGCGGAAAGUAAUUCAGAAUUCACUUCAUCUUUAACUGAAAACUUUACAUCUACUGUGGAACAAACAAGCCAGCAAACACAAACCACUACAAUUUCAUCUACCACAAAACCAGAUUCUACAAAGACAACACAAUCAACUUUUACAACAAUUGUAACACCUGUGGGUAUGACCUCAUUCCAAUCAUCUACCGUUGAAGGUGGUUCAACACAAGAAGCUACAUUGUUCACAACAGGUACGCCUCCGUCUUUUGCAUCUCCAUUGCCUACAACUGAAGGGCAAAGUACUUCAGAGUUCACUUCAUCUGCAAUACAGAUGUCUUCAUCUAAUGUUGAACAAACAAUCCAGCAAUCACAAACCACCCAAUUUCCGUCUACUACAGAAUCACAGGCUACACAGACAGCACAAUUAACUUUUACAACAGCUGUAACGUCAUUACAGUCGUCUACCAAUAAAGGUGGUUCAACACAACAAGCUACAUUGUCCACAACAGGAACGGCUUCAUCUCCUGCACAACUAUCGACUACAACUGAAAAACAAAGUUCUUCAGAAUUCACUUCAUCUAUAACUGGACAGUUUUCAUCUAGUGUGGAGGAAACAAGCCAGCAAAUACAGACCACUCAGAUUUCAUCUACCACUGAACCAGAAUCUACAUCGAGAGGACAGUCUACUUUUACAACUGCUAUAACACCUAUGAGUCUGACCUCAUUACAGUCGUCUACCAUUGAUGGUGGUUCAACACAACAAGCUACAUUGUCCACAACAGGAACGGCUUCAUCUCCUGCACAACCAUCGACUACAACUGAAAAACAAAGUUCUUCAGAAUUCACUUCAUCUAUAACUGGACAGUUUUCAUCUAGUGUGGAAGAAACAAGCCAGCAAAUACAGACCACUCAGAUUUCAUCUACCACUGAACCAGAAUCUACAUCGAGAGGACAGUCGACUUUUACAACUGCUAUAACACCUAUGAGUCUGACCUCAUUACAGUCAUCUACCAUUGAUGGUGGUUCAACACAACAAGCUACAUUGUCCACAACAGGAACGGCUUCAUCUCCUGCACAACAAUCGACUACGACUGAAGGACAAAGUUCUUCAGAAUUCACUUCAUUUAUAACUGGACGAUUUUCAUCUAGUGUGGAACAAACAAGCCAGCAAAUACAAACCACUCAGAUUUCAUCUACCACUGAACCAGAAUCUACAUCGAGAGGACAGUCUACUUUUACAACUGGUAUAACACCUAUGAGUCUGACCUCAUUACAGUCGUCUACCAUUGAAAGUGGUUCAACACAACAAGCUACAUUGUCCACAACAGGUAUGCCUUCGUCUCCUGCACAAUCAUCGACUGCACGACUGAAGAACAAAGUAAUUCAGAAUUCACUUCAUCUUUAA